CAGCGCUCAAGUUCCCGGAUGUUCCCGAUUUCAGGAAGUCAGUCACAUGACAACAAACCGCAAGGAAGCAGCUGUUAAUGAGCUUUUUUACUGUUUAAUCAUCUCUAAAUACAUAAACAUAAAGCCUGAGAGACCACAACAGGAGCAUGGAGAAUGAUGAACUUUCGCCAGAGGAUGGGAUGGAUCGGUGUGUCCCUGUACUUGAUGGUUAGCAUCACAGCAGUUUAUUACAUUUUCGAGAUCAAUCAGACGUACAACCGGCUGACGCUGGAGAAGACGAGCGGGACACACCCACCCAUGCAGCGUGACGCAGACUCCGCCCCCUCUCUGUCCUCCUGGAUGCAGAGCGUGAAGUCGCGGCUCCUCCUGAUGCCCUUCUGGCUGUGGGCGGUCCUCUUCCUCGUCCCGUACAUACAGGUCUUCCUCUUCCUCUACUCCUGCACUAGAGCCGACCCCAAGACCGUGGGUUACUGCAUCCUGCCCGUCUGCCUCGCCCUGCUCUGUAACAGACACGCCUCCUUCACCAAGGCGUCCAAUCAGAUCAGCAGACUGCAGCUGAUUGACACCUGAUGUGGGCGGGGCUUCUAUACGGUUUAUUCACUGGAGCAAAAAAUUCAGACGAGACGAGUGACGCUUUCUACAGUCUGCUAAAUCACUCCAAACUGCUUUAUACCAUUCAAUAAAUCAAUGCUUUAAACUCAUAACGAUGAUGAUGAUGAUGAAUGAACCAACUCCACUAGGAUUAUUUUUAAUUUUUAUUUAAUAGUUUGGACCCGGUGCACAAAAUAAAAACAAUAAUAAAUAAAUUAUUUCUUUUUUUAAAAAAUAAUAUGUAUAUUUUUUUAUAAACUCUGACCAGUCGCCUUGUAAUUAAAGUUGUGGUACAGUUAGAUGCAGGGGCGUAGCCAUCAUUUUAAAAAAAAGGGGGGGGGGGGGGUAUCUAGUGUUAUCUGUUUUUUUUUUUCAAUUAAUCCUUGUGUAAAUGACAGGUUUUAUUUUUAAUCAUGCGUUAUGAUUAUAUAUGAUUAUAAAAAAGAAAGAAAGAAAGAAAGAAAGAAAGAAAUAGAACAGCUUGCCCCUGGGACAGUACCCUUAAAAGGACAUCUUUGUACCUUAUUUAACCCCAAAAAUGUAUAGUUGUACAUUAAGGUACACAUUGGUACUCUAAGGUAGUAAUGUGUAGUCUUUUGAGUAUAAAGUACAAAGAUGUCCUUAUAAUGGUACUAAGAGUAUAUUGUUUACAUAUUUCAAAUUGUAUUUUGUGUAUGCACAGUACAUGGCACACAGUAAUGGAUACUUGCACAUUCAAAUAAUACUUCAUUUUGUUCUCUUCUUCAGUCCAUAUUUCAGGAAUAAACCAAGUAAUUCAAAACAAACUAUUGAAAGAAAAUUUAUAUUGAACUCAACUGACAAACAUGUCAAGACCUGAUAUCAAUUAUACAGUUAGAUGAAAUAAACAUUUAGUGUCACUUC